AACGGCUGUGUUCACUCCACAAAACCGAACCGACGAAUUCCUUCUCUCGUCGAAAUUUAAAAUACAAUUUAAUAAUCCAGCUAGUCAAACAGUGUCUUCAAUAACCGUUAUAAGCUUCUGUCGCGCUAAAUAAAAUAUUAUAUAUAAAUAUAUUUCGAUAUUUUCGUGUGACGUUUCUUAUUAUUUUUUUUUUCUGUUGUUCUGCAUUAUUUAAAAAGCGGUGCAUCUGCAAAGCACAUUGAGUGGCAAAAGUGAAGUGAAGCAUCUAUAAAAAGGACACAAUACAAUCAAUGAAUAAAUAAUACCAAAAGCAAAAUCAAUAUUUAACUUCAAUACAAAAAAAAGUGCAAGCACAAAACAUAAAUAAUUGAAACAAACAUAAGAACGUGUAAAUAGAACUUUCAGCUUUAGAAAAAGACUGAAAAACAGCUGUUGCCGUCCUCCCACGCUCGAAGUUCUACGUGCAACAUGUUGCAGCACUCCAAGCCGUCGCGCAGCUAAAACAAUCUUCACACCGCAAGCACGAAAAAAACAGAAGAAGGAGUGAGAGAGAGAGAAAGAGAUUGACAAGUGAUGUAAGAGAGAGAGACAGAGAAAGAGAGUGAGAGACAGAAAAACCGCACAGCACAUUCCACAAGAGCAACAAAAUGGUGCACGGUCCACCGGCGAGAAGAAAAUCCCAGCAGGCGGAAAAUGGAAAUGCAAACUGUGAAAUGGAAAUGGACGCAAUGCCAACGCCUCCCGAUGGCGGAUGGGGCUGGGUUGUCGUCUUUGGCUCCUUCAUGAUCCACAUUGUCACCGAUGGCAUGACAUAUUCUUUUGGCAUCUUCUACAACGAGUUUCUCACGUACUUCAAUGAGGGCAAGGGCUACACGGCCUGGAUAGCCUCCAUUAUGGUGGGCGUGACCUUCUCCUCGGGACCCAUCAGCUCUUCGUUUGUAAAUCGAUACGGUUGUCGCACGGUGACAAUUGCGGGCGCUCUUCUUGCGGCUGGUUGCAUCAUUGCCAGCGUGUUUGCUCAAAAUGUAGCCACAUUGAUCAUCACAAUUGGCGUAGGCACUGGCCUGGGAUUCGGUCUCAUCUAUUUGCCGGCCAUUGUGAGUGUGACGCAAUACUUUGAAUCGAAGCGUUCCCUGGCCACGGGCAUUGCGGUCUGUGGCUCGGGCUUUGGCACGUUUGUGUUUGCCCCGCUGACGGAAACGCUGAUUGCUAGCUAUGGGUGGCGUGGUGCCAUGCUCAUCAUUGGCGGCUUGAUGCUCAACUGCAUCAUCUUUGGUGCAAUGUUUAGACCAUUGGAGGCGCCACAGCCCAAGGCCGCCAAGUUGGGCAACAAAUCGAGCAUCAAGGAUCAGAAUGUAACGCCCGCUGAGCUGGAACCGCUCAAGGCGAAACCCGUCACAGAUCAGUAUCUGCAGCUGCCGCAACGUAACGAUACACCAACAAUUGGCGGAGGCGGUGGCAACGGACUCUGUCGUUCCAAUAGCGUAGGACACAACCUCAAGCCGGGACUGAACAACAACUCGAAUGGAUUGCUCAAUGGACAGGCGGUGAACAAUAGCACAACGGUGGUGAAGAGCAACAGCAACGAUGACAUCACCAGGACCUUUGCCAGCCAGCCGCAGUUGAUGCCGCUGCGUGAUUCGCAUCGUGAGCACAGCGCCAGCGGCACAAUGUAUCGACCCGAUGCCCUCUAUCAGGGCUCGCUGCACAAUAUUCCCGAGUACACCAGUUCACGCAAUGAUCUAUCCCGUUCGCGUUCCGGUUCCGGGGUCAUCAAGCGCUACGGAUCCCUGCGUCAGAGUCAUCCAUUGGGUCAGAGUCAGGAGUUGACAAAAUGCUGCGGCUGCAUCACAUGCUCCAAGGAGACGCGCGACACCUUCGCGGAAAUGAUGAACUUCUCGCUGCUGAAGGACGCCGUCUUCGUCAUUUUCUCCAUCUCGAACUUUUGCACCAGUAUCGGCUUCAACGUGCCCUAUCUUUAUGUCGCUGCCCACUGCGAAACCUUGGGCAUCAACAAACAGCAGGCAAGCUUCCUCAUCGCCACCAUCGGCGUGGCGAAUACCGUGGGUCGAAUCAUCCUCGGCUACAUUGCGGACAAGCCGUGGGUUAAUCGCCUGCUCGUCUACAACGUCUGCCUUACGGCCUGUGGCAUAGCUACCGCGAUGGUGCCACUGUGCACGGACUACAACUCGCUGUUGGUCUACUGUUCGGUGUUCGGUUUCACGAUCGGUGCCUACGUGGGUCUCACAUCGGUGAUCCUCGUCGAUCUGCUCGGCCUGGAGAAACUGACCAAUGCCUUUGGUCUGCUGCUGCUGUUCCAGGGCAUCGCCAGCUUCAUUGGUCCCCCGAUUGGCGGCUGGAUGUACGAUAUCACGAACACGUAUUCACCGGCUUUCCUCAUGGCCGGCAUAAUGAUUGCGAUCAGUGGCCUGGUCAUGUUUGGCAUUCCGCCACUGCAACGCUGUCAGUCGCGCCAGCUUGAACGCAAGCUGAACUCGGAGCAGCUGGCGCUCAGUUAGUUGCGCUACUCGCCGGCAGGGGGCGCAUGUAGACUCUAGCGGGUUACAGGAUGUGGGGAGCGCACAAAACCAUGACGCUCAACUCCAACUAUAAUGACUUUUCUUACCGAUUAUUACUAAUUGUUAACUAUGCUAGUUAUUUACGUCAUAUUUUUUUCAUUUUUUGUUUUAAGGGAAAUAUUGUACUUUUUUUUUAAUAAUUGCGAAAAAAAGCUGCAAUGCAUAACAAAAAAAUAUAUAUACAUUGAAAUAGUGAUAAAUGUACUCGUAUGUAAGUAGGCAGAAAGACAUAUAUGUAUUCUAUAUAGCUGUAGCCAUAAUUUAUUUAUAAACAACAAGAAAAACAAGGAGUGCAAGAAAAGACGAAACAGGAACAAAAUCAAAGCACGCACAAAUUGUGCUCUUCUUUCGUUAGCUGUGUUGUGAACACACACAUAUUUACAACUAGCUCUGACAUUAUUAUGCUUAUGGCCUUAUAUACCGAUCUGACGCGGAUCUAGUGCAGAUAUACACGCAUACAUACAUAUAUACAAACCAUAUAUAUACGGAUAUAUAUAUAUUCAUUCCAUAUAAGGUCCGUGUGUUGAUUUUUUUAUUUGUUUUAGCUCUAAGCAUAUUGACUUUUAUUUGUACUCUUAUUAUAUUUGUUAUGACAUUAAAGAUGAGAACCCAAGAAGAACACCAACAACGAAAUUUUAUAC